UCGUCGCAGGAUGGCUUCCGGCUUCAAGAAGCCCACCGUGACCUCCAUCAGCCAGAAAAGAAAGGUGGGGCCUAAGCCCGAACUCACUGAAGAGCAAAAGCAAGAAGUUCGCGAAGCGUUCGACCUCUUCGAUGCCGACGGCAGCGGCACCAUCGACGUGAAGGAACUCAAGGUGGCCAUGAGGGCGCUGGGCUUUGAACCCAGGAAGGAGGAGAUGAAGAGGAUGAUCGCCGACGUGGACAAAGAAGGCACGGGGAAGAUCAGCUUCAACGACUUCUUGGCCGUGAUGACUCAGAAGAUGGCUGAGAAAGACACCAAGGAAGAAAUCCUGAAGGCGUUCAGGCUCUUUGAUAAUGACGAGACCGGGAAGAUCUCUUUCAAAAACCUAAAACGUGUGGCCAAAGAAUUGGGAGAAAACCUCACCGAUGAAGAGCUCCAGGAAAUGAUUGACGAAGCCGACCGAGAUGGAGACGGCGAAGUGAACGAGGAUGAGUUUCUUCGCAUCAUGAAAAAGACCAGCCUCUAUUGAGUCCGUUUAUCCCGCAAGCAUGUGUAGGGAAAUUGAGUAAU